UUCAGAAAAAACCAUGAGCUGGGGAUUCCUGCGAGACAUCCUAAGUGGAGUGAAUAAAUAUUCAACAGGAAUUGGCAGGAUCUGGUUGGCUAUUGUGUUUAUAUUCCGCCUGCUUGUCUAUGUUGUGGCAGCAGAAAAUGUCUGGAAGAAUGAACUGAAGGAAUUCGAGUGCAACAUCAGGCAACCAGGUUGUGAAAACGUCUGCUUCGACCACUUCUUCCCUAUUUCCCAGAUCAGGCUUUGGGCCUUGCAACUGAUCAUGGUCUCCACCCCUUCUCUUUUGGUUGUUCUCCAUGUUGCCUAUCGAGAGAGCAGGGAAAAGCGACACAAAAAGAAACUUUACAAGAGCCCAGGAAGCAUGAAUGGUGGACUGUUGUGCACUUAUCUCAUCAGCCUCAUUUUCAAAACAGGAUUUGAAAUUGGUUUCCUAGUUUUGUUUUACAAGUUGUACGGUGGAUUCAAUGUGCCACGCCUUGUGAAAUGUGACAUGAGGCCAUGUCCUAAUACAGUAGAUUGCUAUAUCUCCAAGCCCACAGAGAAGAAAGUCUUCCUCUAUUUUGUGGUGGUGACUUCGUGCUUGUGCAUUGUAUUAAAUGUAAGUGAACUGAGCUAUCUGAUUUUCAAAUACAGCAUAAAAUGUUGCCUUGAGAUAUAUGACAAGAAAGUUCAGACCAUGAAAAGUGAGUGCCAGAAGCUGAAAUAUGUUGAGCCCAAUGGACUAGCAAGUACAGCUCUGUUCCACAGCAAUGCUUCACCAGUGCUCGUCCAUAUGCCAGAUAAACCUGAAAGUAACUUAGCUACUGAUUUGAGAGAAGGAUAAAAAUGAUAUUGUAUGAUGUUAAAUAAACUGUCUGAAUUAUUCCUCUUACAUGAGUUCAAAGAAAUCCAUGAGUGGAUAAGGAGGAAACUUUAUUUUUAUCUAGAAAAUAGCAUAUUCUCUUUUUCUCUUAAAAAAUUGUCAGAUCCCUGCUAUUGGGUUUUUGCCUUCCCAUUCACCUGUAUUACGUAUUAUUCAGGUUUGUUCAGGCUAAAUCAAGGCAAUGUAAAAGGUUGACAUUUCCACUGAGACAUAAAUACUGAAGCUUCUGAUAAGUCAUCUUGAAAGGACAGUUGCUCAGACAACUGUGUUUUGCAUAUUUUAUGUGGCUGCUUUUGGUUCAGUUUUUUUCCCUUUCUUUUGAAGAGGAUCUUUAUGUCUAGCUGAAAGACUCUAUUCUAACCAGAGCCAGAGGAGUGAAAAGGGGAUAUAAAGCUGUACGGAUUAGGUCACUCUGCCAAUUCGAAUCCAGGCCAGGACAACAGGAGUGACUGAAAAGGGUUGGCAACUUAUGGCUGCUAACUGUCCUAUAUGACAGGUUUCAGAGUGGUAGCCAUUAGGCUGUAGCAGCAAAAAAAACGAAACAAAAACGAGUA